CAAGGAGGCUUGAGCUCUAAAGUCGACUCGGCCAUGGCCUCCGUGAGGCGGCAGCCAGCAGCAGGUGACCGAGGAGCCUGAAUCGCCUCCUCUGGGCUCCGGGCAUGGCGAGCUCCAGCUCGCGUCUCGCCUCGCUCCGGCCCGAGAGGACGCCCUGCGAAGCCGGAACCCCCUGAGUGUGCACGCUCUUCUCGGGACGCGCCGGAGCACUUCCGGGGAUGGACCGGAAGCAGCCGGGCGGUCCCAGCCUCCGUCGGCCGGAGUCGCUGUUCUCCUCCUGGUCCUCGCAGGCCGGCGAUCCGCCUCGGUCGUGGGCCGCGCCGAGGGACCGGCUGGAGCCAUGGCAGGGGCUCUGUCCUGGGCCGGGGCCUGGGCCUGGGCUCGGGCGGCGAGCAGGGCUGUGUGCGGCUGCAGAAGCUUCUCUCUGGGGGUUCCGGGACUGGGCCGUGUCAGGCACACUCUUCCGCUCCCCAAAGUAGUUGAUCGUUGGGAUGAGAAGAGGGCUCUGUUUGGAGUAUACGACAACAUCGGGAUCCUGGGAAACUUUGAAAAGCACCCAAAAGAUCUAAUCAGGGGCCCGGUGUGGCUUCGAGGCUGGAAAGGGAAUGAAUUACAGCGUUGUAUCCGAAAGAAAAAAAUGGUUGGAAAUAGAAUGUUCACUGAGGACCUACACAACCUUAACAAACGUAUCCGCUACCUCUAUAAGCACUUUAACCGACAUGGGAAGUACCGGUAGAAAGCUGAGGCCUGCAGAAGAGGCACGCUUGUCACCCCAGAGAGGGAAUAGGACUUGUCACUGUGAGGAAAGGGCUUUGUAUACUCGGUAAUAAAAUGGAACUUGUUGGGAACCUGA